AACAUGAAUAUGUAUUUAAAAUUAAACAUGGACUUAUGGCAUACCCACGUGCUCCUAUGGAAUGGUCACACUAACAGUGUUUUUGCUAACACUGUUCGCAUCGCUUUCCUCAUUGUCACUUCGCAGAAAUCUUAUAUUUUGAGCAAAAUGUCCCCACCGAAAGUUCCCCAUAUUGUGGGCGAUGAAGAUGAAGCUUUGAAAAGUGGUCAAGAGAGUGAUGGGAAUUCCAACGACACUAUUUUGAACAGCGGACCGGAGGAGGACGAAAGUUCAAACGAAGAUGGGGCUGACUGGUCUAUGAAUGUCAUCUACUUAGCUGGAACACCGAAACGUGCGUGCAGUCCGUUAAAGAUUACCGAGGUAACUGAUGCUCCUGCACCGAACCCGGCGCAGUCCACUUCGCUGAGCAUUCCGAAACGUCGCUUCGCUUCUCCAGGUGAUUCUCUAGCUUCGGAAUCUAUUGGAGAACGUGUUUCCAGACGUCUAAGACACGUCCGUAUCAUCGAAACCGGCAACGCUAGUCCCCAAACAUCUUCGGACGAUCCAGAUUCGGGUCCCGCUGCUCAGCUCGCCAAGCCCCUGGACGUCACUUCCUUCUUCCACCGGGUAUCGGCUAGUCUCGUCGAGCAGCGCGUCUGCAUUAAGCCUUUCUUGGCGCUGCGCAAGCGCAUCACUCGUAUGGUAACCCAAUCGCUAAACGAGUCCAAGCGGAUGCGCAAGUAGUGCAACAAAUACAAAUGUAAUCAAGCUAAUCUAUGGAUUUGCCAAUUCGGUUUGAUCAGCAACAUGAAAAUCUUUGGUUGUGUGUCAUUACCCUAAUUGAACCUAUCAUUUAACUCAUAAAAAGCUCGCAAAUCCGACAGACUAUGAUUUUUUUGUUUUAAGUAAGAAGUAUUUGCUACUCAUAAACAUCCGAUUGUUGAACGAUCCCAAUAUUUAAGUUACUAUGUGAACAGAGAAAAUCGAAAUGUGUAUAUUAAAUUGAAUUAAUAUAAAGUAUAAAAAUAAAUACGAAACAAAAGAA